AUGAGCGAAAUAUUAAGCAUAAAUUACACGGAGAAAAACAUAAAGGAAAGCACCCGCAAAUGUGUUCGUAAGAUGAUGAUUGUUAGUAAUGACAAAAAGCUGGUGGGUGAACUUGUCAAAGAAGACCUCAGUGAUUCUGAAUGUAGCAGUGGUCAAAAGCAUGAAAAACGGGAGUUGAAGAAUGGUAUUUCUCGAUCCAGACACCGUCUAACGACUUUUUCGCUUCUUUCGAUGAUUGAUGGUGGGGUACAAAACAAGUUUAACAUUACAUGCCUUCUUUGUAAAUGCAAAUUCACGUACAACGAUGCCAGAUCGACGUCGCUGGCUUAUUACAUUUGUGACGAUUGCAUGGAGAACGAAAAGGGAUAUGCCGAAGAAUUAGAAGCUACUUUACUAAAUAAUGAUAAAGCGCGAUCAGUAUCGAUAGGUUGUACCGGCGCUGAUUUGAAUGCUUAUGGUCACUGCAAAUGUCAAAACUGUGUUCGACGACAACUUAUGGAUGAAGAGCGAAGAAAGGAGAUCGAAGUGCUGCAGAGAUGUUGGCAUGAUUUACGUCAGAAUAUCCGACAGAUGUUCCGCGAUGGUCUAAAUGCCAAUAUGACAUCAUCGAAAGGAAAGCGAUUCGAUGUGGACAAAAUAAAACGAAAUGUUACGAUAUUGGCUGAGAAGGAUCCUCAUCAACUGUACAAGCGAUUGGAGAGUAUUGGACACGAAUAUGUUAUGAACCUGAAAUCAGAUGAUUUGUGGCAGAUAUUGGUGGCCCCUCAAGUCGUACCCACUCUUAUCCAGCUUUAUAAAGCCGGCGCUAGUGAAGAGCAAAUGGAACUUGAACGUGCUAAACUUUUUAUUAAAACUUUACUCGAUCGCUUUUCUUGCCAGCAGGAAACUGCAAGGAAUAUGUCGUCACUAUUAGCCGUCUUAGAUGAACAUUACCUUUCGCAAUUUGGAAUUAGCUGGAAAGUCGUAAAUCACCACAUUUUCGACCGAGUCAUUUAUCAAGAUGAUCUUUUGCUAAAUUAUCUGCCUAACCUGGAAAGUGCUCUCAAGUGUAAAUUGAUAGUGCAUGAUGAUGAAGAUGAAGAAGAUCGCCGACAACGAGCUUACACUGAAGCUAGUCGUACAGACAUUCCCCAAGGCGCUCUCGAACUUGCUCAAAGUUUUCGCAUUUUUCAUAAAUUAAUGGUUACAAGCAGAGAAAUAUUUAAGAAGGCCAGUCCAAAUAUCGUAUUGUACACCGAGCAGCAAAAAGUUAUUAAUCAGAUUAAGCGCAAAGUGAAAGAUGAAUUACUGAAAGAAGAUUUAGAAUUUUUCAAAAGCCAGUGUAAAGUGAUCCGCAAUUGUAUUUUGCGAAAAGGCCAGUAUUACCAGUGGCAUGCCGAUUUAACUGCUUUUGGAGAUUUAUCUGACUUAAUAGAUAAUGAAUGUGACAAUAGCGAUUCGGAAGCUGACGAUAUCAAUGUAUCGGAAAGAUUACAUGAACUUAUUGAAGAGGGACCCGUAACUUCUGUUUGCACUGAUGAAAGUAGCGAAGUGUUGCCUUGCUUACGGUGCAAAAGGUGCACUCUCCGACACUGCUCCUGUGAUGAAUGUCGAAUUUUGCAUAUCAUCACUCGUGGUUUACUAAUUGAUAGCGAGGACAUAAGUAAUUUAAUAUGGCCUAUGAACGAUUAUUGUGAUGGAGGUGAUAACAGAGAUUCGCAUUUAGAACAUUCGCAACAAAAAGUAUCAUCUCUCCCAAAUAUUAAACGUUUACCUAAUCAAAGUUUACGAUUUCAGACUGCAAGAACGCUGUUCACCUUGCAUGAUCAUCACAAUAGAAAAGAAACAGCUUGGGGCGAUUGGCAGGUACCAUGUGGUUACUCAGAUGACAUCGAUUAUCUCGGCCAUUGUUUUUGUGAAAAAAAAGGCAUACAUAGCGACUUUGGUUCAAUGGAUAAUCGGACAGACGGAGAAGAGGAGCACGGAACUGACACUGCCGAUUCGUCUGACUUAACAAAUAAUAAGAAAUAUCAAGAAAUUCUCAAGGAAGCAUUCGAACUGAUGACAAAAGGAUGCAAAAUGGGAUCGCCGAUUUAUGAAUUUGAAAGUAAUAAUGUGCCAAGGACUUCGUCAGUUAUCAAUGAUGAGAAAACGAACAAAAUCAGAGAAGGCGAUAAACAUGGAAGAAAGAGCCCGUUUUUAAUGACGAAGACAAAUCUUCGCACGGAGGGAAAGUCUGGUUUUACAAUUGCAUCGGUGAGUAAUAUAAAUGUGAAGAGAUUCAAAAUAAAGAAAGCGGGAAAUAAUCCAGCAAGGGAUAGCGAUGGGACAGAAUCUGAUUAUGAACCAUCUUCGGCAUCAUUUCAAGGAUCGAAUGAAUGCAUGGAUAAUUGUCCUCUCUCUGGGCCAGAGAGGCUGUUGCUGAAGAAAAUGACACGAAGACAUUACUCUGUUUUAUCAAAGGAUAAUGCUGUAAAUGAUUUGGCGCUAGAGAUUUUUGGACGAAAAACGAUGGAAAAACCGCAAAUGGUGCGCAAAGCUGGACUAACGCCAUCUGUUUCACGUCUAAUCAGGAAGGGCAAACUUGUAUCUGAUAAAAGCGAUACGAACAGCGGAGGCAUUUCAGCAGCAAAAUCCCUUUCGGCGUCUGCUCGUGAGAGGUUGCUUAGUGAAGUGAAAGGUAUGGAUAAGAAGGUUCGCGAAACAAGUUUAUUGCGGUUAGUUCAAUCGUACGAAGAUGAACGUUGGACAGCAAAAUCUUCCGAGGAUUAUAAGGGUCGACUGUUAGGAAGUAUGAGGGAAUGUUUAUCCAAGGACUGGACGAAAAAAGACGAAGCUGUUGACCUCAGAACUAUUGUCAAAGAUGAAAAGAACUGCAAUUCGGCGCAAAAAAAUGUUAAUCAGAAAACGACUGGAAAAACUUCUCAUCAAGAAAAAAGAAAUGACAGAGAAAUGAUAAACAUUCCAGGAACCAGAACGACGGUCAGUUUUGCUACGGCCCUUUCCUCGAGUUCAACAAAUAAAAAAACAAAGUCAUCGCCAAAAAAAGUCGAACAUGAAAAUUUGGCACAGUUCUGGUCGAAACAAACCUUGGCUGCUGCCAUCGCUAAGCAGUUGACCAACCAACGAACUGUUUUCGAUAUUAACAAGACAUUCAGUGUCGAAAAGCGAAAAACGUCGAAAACAGUUUCCUGCAAAAUGGGUAACAAUUUGGAUGCGACGUCUAAUUCGGCGACAGCUAUUGACGUUAGCUUUGAUUUGGGUGAAUUUGAUAUUAGUACUUUCCCUGAAGAAGUGCGGAAAUUGUAUGAAGAGGGAAAGCUCAAAAAACUUCUGAAGCAAGCAAUCGGACUGAGGCGAAAUAAGACGGGUGUAUCCGCUAAAGUUAGUUGUAAAUACGAUGAUGGUAAGCGAAUUGAAAGUGAGUUCAGAGAUUCGAAAGAAGAACUAUUUGGCUACCAGACAGAUAAUAUCGAUGAUGUGACAGAUGAAGAUGAGGACACAGAUGAGGAAUGGAAUGACUGCGAAGCACUCGAUGAACAACACCCACAUCGCCAUCAUUCUUGUGACAAUAAGACAAAAAACAGAACAACUUCUGGAACAGGUCGGGAUGGGCGGCACGGCCAUUGUGACUGCUGUUAUUGUGAAAUGUUUGGACAUGCUGCCACAGAGAGUGUUAAAUCAGGCCGUGCGCAAAUAAGGGAAAGACUUCGAAUGAAGUUGAAACGCCGAAGUGUACAGGAGCACUCUGGAACAGAUACAAAAAGUCUGGAGGAGAAGUUGACCUGCGCUACGGCUAAUCAGGAAUCUAAGGAAUCGCCCGCUGUUAUUCCCGACACGCCAAUUGAGGAAAUUUUAGAUUACAUUAACGAAAAAGAUAUUGUAUUAGCACAAGCUGCAGCAAGCAAAGCUGCUAAACGAGCGCGACAGAAGCUCCGAAAACAAGAAGAAAAGGAAAGACAGCAAAGAGAAAGAAAACUCAAAGAAGAGGAAAAGAAAGUCACUGAAGCUGAGCUUCUAAAGAAGAAAAAAGAACAGCAAGCGACGCAACAAGGGGUGAAGAAAGAAAAACAGAGCAAGCCAGAAGCAAAAAAAAAGAAAACGGACCGAGUGCGAGGAAAAAAACAAAAAGAUGGUCGCGAUCGAAAAAAAGAAAAUGGACUGCAAUCAUCAAAAAGUUUAGAAAUUGAAGUUCGGAAGGAACCGAUUUUAGAGUUUGAGUAUUGGAGUGAUCUAAAAUGUGAUCCAAAAUUUAAGCGACUGAAAUCAAUAAAAGAGCAAGUCAGUGCCUCCAAAGCUGGAAGAGCGAGAAUACAAAAUAAGGAAGAAUCAAAAAAGAAUGAGGGUGUCCCAAAGCGAUCUGAAUUGGAAGAGAAAAGAGAAAAUGAAAAAGAAAAUGCAUUCGCGAAGGAUGAGGUUAUAGAAGCAGAUUCACUGAUAGGAAAGGAUAGCAACAAAAGUUCUAAAAAUGAAAACAAUAUAGCUAAAUCUGAAACAUCACCGGUCAACUGCGCAGCAGUGCUUUCAAAAAUGGAAAAUCGCGAAAGUGAGGGAAUGGGUCCGAAUAUUCAGCCAGCUACAAAGCUUACACUACACAAGAAAUCGGAUGCCUCUUCAACAGCUAUGACAGGAAAUGGAGCUACAAUUCUGUCGGAGGUAGAACUGAAGUCUCAGUCUCCAAGCGCAGCCACAGGUUUUUCCUGCCUUGGUUUUCAGAAACUGCCACGGCAUGCGUCAGAAACGUCUUCAUUAUCUUCACUCUCCUCAUACUUACUAUCUUCGUCUUCCAAGCCAUCUCUUUGUAGUCAUACCAAUACAACUCUAAUUCGAUCUCCUGGUGUCAUGAAUGCGCCUUUACAAAAUAAUUCGUGCAGUAGUGACGGUACAGCACAAAAUUUUCUGAGUGCCAAUAUCGCUGCACCAGGAUUUACGCUUUCUGAUUCUUCCUCUUGUCCAAAAGAACGUUUACCAAAUAUUGCUGUUCCUGUAAAUAAUAUAAUUUUGGAUAGCUUACUCGUGUCUAAAUUAGAUUUACUGAAUUUCACUUCUCUCGAGCAGGGUGUCGUUGCUACCAAAAUACAGAAAACGCCACAGCGCAUAAAUGCACAAUUUCCGAUCAAUAUUCGAAAUGGUAUGAACAGUACGGGAUGCGUAAGCAACGCAGCACAAUCGAAUAAGAUUGGAACUGAUGGAGCUUUGCCUGGUUCCAUUCAGUUGACAGCUGCAGUCCGUCCAAAGAGAAAUGAAGCGUCCAAAACAUUUCUUUCGUCAUCGAGUCCACUGGCGGACUAUGAUUCAGAAACUCGGAAACUUGCGGCUUUCGCAAGAGAGGAUGAGAUUUUCCACAACCAAAACCCGAUGAUUUUUGAACCAGGUGAUCCACGCAUUGCUAUCGCUAUCGCAGAAAUGAAGUUUGACCCACAUGAAGCCUUCAAACCGCGUCCUGACAGUGAAUUGGAGUUUCUUGAUCCUCUUGAAUUGGAAGUAGAGCACUUUAAACGUGUACUGUGGGAAGAGGAACAGUUAACGAAACCUCGCAUGUCAUUGCGAGAGUUGCGGAAGAUUGAUCCCGAAAACGAACCCGGCGCUGUAUUCCAUUUCGCCCCUCUUGUGUGA